AUGACUAGUUGCAAUCCACUGAACAGCCAAGCUCAGCCAGUGCCAAAGAUUCCCAAGUAUUAUGGGAUCACACCUCCAAUCAGUGAAGACCUGCCUACAGAGACUGACACGAUCCAGACUAAAGAACUGAUCAAGUGUCUCAGGUCAUAUGACAUAUUUGAAGAAGAUCUUGAGCACCAACACAGAGAGGACGUUGUGAAGAGACUGGAGUCUCUCUUUACAGAAUGGCUCAAAGAAAUGUGUUUAGAAAUGAAUGUACCUGAAAACGUGAUGGACAACGUUGGAGGAAAAGCUCUACCAUUUGGCUCCUUUCGUCUGGGAGCUUACGCCAAGGGUGCUGAUAUCGAUGUCCUUUGUGUCGGACCUGGAUUCAUUAAGAGAAAGGACUUUUUCACCUCCUUCUAUGAGAAGCUGAAAGCUCAGGAGGUGAAAAACAUACGGGCUGUCGAAGAGGCAUUUGUCCCUGUUAUCAAGUUCAUCUAUGAUGGCAUUGAGGUUGACAUGGUCAUUGCCAUGGUGGUGCGAAAGUCCAUUCCAGGAAGUCUGAACCUUCUUGACGACAAGAUUCUGAAGGACAUGGACAAAUACAGUGUCAGGAGUCUUAAUGGCUACAGAGUGACAGAGGAAAUCCUCCUUCUUGUGCCAAACAUUCAAAACUUCCAGCUCGCUUUAAUAGCCAUCAAGCUGUGGGCAAAACGUCGUAACAUUUACUCAAACAUGCUGGGCUUCCUGUGUGGAAUAUCAUUGGCCAUACUGGUGGCCAGAAUCUGCCAGCUCUACCCAAAUGCAGCUGUGUCCACAGUGGUCAUCAAAUUUUUUAAGGUUUACUCCAUGUGGGAUUGGUCAAUCCCAGUUUGUUUGAGGGUCGUAGUGGACCGCUAUUACAGCCUCCCCUUCUGGGAUCCAACGUUAAACCCAAGCGACCGCUGCCACAUGAUGCCCAUUAUCACCCCAGCGUAUCCACAGCAGAACACAACCUUCAACGUGUCUUCUUCCACCUUGGCUGUUAUAACAGAGGAGAUCAACCUUGGUCACGCCAUCACCCAAGAAAUACUGCAGAAAAAAGCUGACUGGUCCAAACUGUUUGAGACGCCAAACUUUUUUGAGAAGUACCAGCAAUAUGUUGUGCUGAAGGUUACUUCUGCAGAGAAGCUACACCAUGAGUGUGUCAGUCUGGUGGAGUCUAAAAUCAGACACCUGGUGGGACUUCUGGAGCGAAACAGGCAGAUUUCCCGCGCUCAUCUUCAUACACAGUCCUUCCCUGGACCCAGUCAGGAAAAUAACAAAGAGGAAGUGAGCACACAGUGGUUGAUUGGACUUCUCAUCAGUUCAGAUGCAGAGAUAGACCUGUCCUUAACCAUCCCUUCAUUCAUUGAUACCAUCCACAGCCUGGCCCAGAACUCUAAGGCAAAUGUAGACGGGAUGUCCAUAUCAGGCAUGUUCACCAACAGGGAUAAUCUUCACUGGGCGAUGCCUGGUGACAUGCGGACAAGGGUUUCCUGUCCAGACCCAAAGCCUGCGGAAGUUCAUCUGAGGGUUCCAAACCUGUUGGAGGUCCAGCUCCAUCCAGCGUGGAUGAGUCCCAGGCUGCAAGUGGCUCACCCAAAUCAUCCCACUGUUGAGCUGUCUGACCUGCAGCCCAGCCCCUCCAAACCUGUAACGACUGUGAAACGCCCCAUCAAGCUACAUCUGCUCAGCAAGCGAAAGGGUUGA